UACAACAAUGUCAGAUGAUGAUGAUGUUGAAAUUAUUCAUUCUAGUCAAUCCAUUGAAGGUUCACCUAAAUAAGUCUAUAACACUUAAAUAAUUCCAAACCUCUAAUCUGAUAAUCAAGUAAUUCGUUAUCUAAAAUUUAGAAACUUUAUCAAAGUAAUAAAUCUCUUGAGAUCGAAAUCAAAUAAUACAAACAAUUAUUAGAGUAAACCUUAGAAACUCUACGAUAAUCUGAAAAAGAUCAAAAUACUUUAAGUAUUGCAAAUAUGCAUCUAAAAUUUUAGAACUUUAACUUUCUUAAAAAGAUUUUCAACUUUAAGUAAUUCAAGCUAAUGUAGAUGAACGUUAAAAAAGUGGUAAAAUUGAAUCACAUUAAAAAAUAAAAGACAGCAACUCUAGUAAAUGAUGUAAAUUAUUUUAGACCGAGAUUCAUUUGGCAAUAAAUAAACAAAUGUGUCUUCUGUAGGUGGUUUUUUAUCAUCCACUUAGAGUCCUCGUUGUUAAUGUGAUGGAGUAUAAUAUAUAAAUAAUUUUAGUUUCAUACACGAGGGCAAACACUUAUUGAAAUAUUGAAGAAAAUUCAAUUCACUUUAAAGUAAAAUGAUCAAGUUGUUCAUUCAUAAGAACUUGUAAAAAUAUUAUAAGAGUUUGAGGAUAAUUUAAAAUAAUUUUUAACUCUUCAUGAAUAAUUUGCCAUUGAAGUAUUUUAUCAUAUUAUAUUUUAUUAAGAUUCAUAGAAAUAAAAUGGAUCAAACAGAAAAAUAAAGUUAAAUCAAAUAAGCAUCGACUCAUUCCAUAAGUGAUCAUUUUCAUUCUUUGGAAGAUUAAAAUACAAUUUAAAAUCCAAAUUAGUAAAUAUUCAACAAUGAUGACCUUGACACUAGCCAAUUCGAAAGUGAAUAACACAUCAAAUUGUAAUUUGAAUGUUUCGAAAUGUCUUUGGCAAAAGUGAGUGAGGAAGAAAAACAAUAAUGGAAAUAAAAAUUACUAUAAUUAAUUAACACUCUUUGAAUAAUUUU